UUCCGUGUAUCCUUCUCCGGACCACCUUUAACGUUACUCCGGCGUCUGUUUAGCACAACUACUUUGACUAAGCUAGCUACUUCGUUUGUACCAAAUUAUAUCGAUUUAAAGUGUGCCUCUCUACCUCAACUACUGAGACAUGGCGGGAAACUUCUGGCAAAGUUCACAUUAUCUGCAGUGGGUUCUGGACAAACAGGACCUGAUGAAAGAGCGCCAGAAGGAUCUGAAGUUUCUGUCAGAAGAGGAGUACUGGAAGCUGCAGAUUUUCUUUGCCAAUGUGAUCCAGGCCCUGGGGGAACACCUGAAGCUGCGGCAGCAGGUUAUUGCCACUGCAACAGUCUACUUCAAACGCUUCUAUGCCAGGUAUUCCCUGAAAAGUAUAGAUCCAGUUCUCAUGGCUCCUACCUGUGUUUUCCUGGCUUCUAAAGUUGAGGAAUUUGGAGUCGUAUCCAAUACCAGGCUGAUCUCUGCAGCAACAUCUGUGUUGAAAACAAGAUUUUCCUAUGCCUUUCCAAAGGAGUUUCCUUACAGAAUGAAUCAUAUAUUAGAAUGUGAGUUCUAUCUUUUGGAGUUAAUGGACUGCUGCCUGAUAGUGUACCACCCCUACAGACCUCUGCUGCAGUAUGUGCAGGAUAUGGGACAGGAGGACAUGCUGCUGCCCCUGGCCUGGCGAAUAGUAAACGACACAUACAGGACAGACUUGUGUCUGCUCUACCCACCCUUCAUGAUCGCCUUGGCGUGUCUGCAUGUGGCCUGUGUGGUGCAGCAGAAAGAUGCCAGGCAGUGGUUUGCAGAGCUCUCAGUUGACAUGGACAAAAUCCUGGAGAUUAUCCGUGUCAUCCUGAAGCUCUAUGACCAGUGGAAAAACUUUGAUGACAGAAAGGAGAUCGCUGCGGUGCUAAACAAGAUGCCUAAACCUAAACCACCUCCUAACAGUGAGGGUGACCAGAGCUCCAACGGGAACCAAAGCAACUCCUACAGCCAGUCUUAGCGUCUGUUUUUCCACGUGUAUCCAUAAUGUUCAUGCACAAUCUUUGUGGUGUCAGCUGGAACAAAAAGAUCACAUUUCAGCCGACCAAGAUCAUCUUCGACUGACACCCCAAAUAAACUCUGGAGGGCUCCACUUCUCCGAUCAUUAUGGGUUUUACAGAUUGAGUGAGCGGCCUAUGAAAUGCCUGCAGUGAUGAGCUGAUCGGUGACAACAGUCUUGUCUUCCUGAUGAGGCUCUCAACUCUGCUCCAGACUUGAAAUGAACUAAAACUGAGGAACAUUUUGGGGGGUGGAAGAGGGGAAUGUGGGGAGAACUGUUGAGAGAACAGACGUGAUGGUUUAGACACCUGCUUCAAUGUCAUUGUGAGGAUCCUGGCAGCCUUGAACAGCCCACAGGAGCGAGUCCUUUUCAUGUGGAGCUCCGCGGGUUUCGAGAAAACUUGAUCACAAGUACUGUGUCUCUGUGUGAGAGAGAGAGUGUGUGUGUGUGUGUCUCUCUGUGUGAGUGUGUGUGUGUGUGUCUGGGUGUUUUCAUUCCUCAGGGACUGUAGUAGUCUUCUGUUCAACAAUUUAAUCCUGUGCUGUUAGAGAGUGAAUCUGAUUGGAUAUCACCCCGUGCAACUGUGAUGUGACUGGAUGCCUGUGAGUUCUGUGCUGGUUGAUCACAAAUCUUUGGCAGGAGACAAAAUCCUGAGUCUCUACGGGGGAAAUUAACUCAAUUUACUGUUUUGAAUCAUGACAACUCCACCUCCUCCCUCCCAUCCACUUCUCUCUUUUGUAAAUAGCCUUAUGAUUCUAUUGAUUGUUUUUUCUUUUCAUGUCUUUACAUUUAUUAAAUGGAAAUCAUGAGCAGGUUUUGCUUCGUAUUCGUCCUUUAGAUGAAAGUGCCCCCGUUUGUUUGAGUGUCAUGAUUCUGUUGGCCUGCUGCAAAGCUUCUUCUUCAUUUUAUCUUUAUUUUGUCGUAAUUUCUCCUGCUUCAGUUGUACAAUAAUGUUUUGCGUAAGGCUAUUUUUUUUUUUUUGUAAAAUUGGCUUUUUUGAGGUGAACACAUCAUUUUUGAUUCGUCUGUAAAGUUUUCGUUGUACAUUCUUUUAAUUCUGCUUUCUGCCAUCUAUUUAAUCUCUGAAUUGUGGCGGUGUAUGUGUGCACAUACCUGUAGAUGUCUCUAUAAUUUUGGGAUGUGUUACAGUGGGAUACUGUGUGUGUGUGGCUAUCCUCGGAAAAAAGAAACGAGUUGAUUGAAAGCCUUACAAAAUAAAAGCUGCUGGUUACAGAGAAAAAGCCCCCAAUAAAAGCACAUUGUCCCAUUGAGAAUGACUGUAAAAUGUGUUUUUGGGGUUGUUUUUCAUUGCAUUGCUCGGAUGCAUUAUGUGCUUUAUUCCUCAUUUUUGUCACUUGGGGAAAACAUUGCAUUAAAGGGCACUUGCAAGUCACUUUCUCACACUAAGUGAAAGAGACAGAAGCCUCUGAGGCAAGUUGGACACGGCCCGGUUCUGUGUUGCCGUCUGUUGCAUUUUCCUCCCCUUCAGCGAGCUCCAUCUGUUACGUGACAGUUCACAUGGAUGGAGGCGAGACUUAAAGGGCUUCAACCCACCGAAAUAUUCCUACUUGUUCUGUUAACAUUUUCCAACAUUGUUUUAAUUACUUGAAUGUCUUGUUUGUUAUUUUUUGGAAGAGCAUUAUUGGUACAAAAAAUAAAAUGUCUGGUGUAAAACAAA